UACAGCUAGAAAACAGCUGACGCGUUGCACAAAAACAUUACGAAUUUCGCUCAAUUUGUAUAUAAUAUACAUGUUUAUAUGAUAACAAAAUGGAGGGUUUAAAAUCCGGGUAUGGUAUUCGCGUGGUAACGCCGUCACCUGACCACACCUUCGAGCUUGACGAGAAGAUGCUGUCAGAACUGCUAUUACGAGAUGAUGUCAAGGACCGCGCGGUCGUGGUUCUGUCCGUGGCCGGUCCUUUUAGGAAGGGCAAAUCUUUUUUAUUGGACUUCUUCCUUCGAUACCUUCAGCAAACGUACAAUAUAAAAGAUGGCAGUGACUGGUUAGGCGCAGAGGAUGUUCCCCUCAGCGGCUUCUCCUGGCGAGGCGGCUCAGACAGAGACACAACAGGCUUGCUGCUCUGGUCACAACCAUUUUUUGCCACCCUAGCCAAUGGUCAAAAGGUGGUGAUAUUUCUAAUGGACACUCAAGGCACAUUCGACAGCGAGUCAACAGUUAAAGACAACGCGACGGUCUUCGCGCUGUCCACCAUGCUGUCUUCUGUACAGAUAUACAACUUAUCGCAGAAUAUCGAAGAAGAUGACUUGCAGCAUUUACAGCUGUUCACAGACUACGGACGUCUAGCCCAGCAGAACAUUACUGGCAAGCCGUUCCAGCAGUUGCAGUUGUUGGUCAGGGACUGGAGCUUUCCGUAUGAGUACGCUUAUGGAGCGAAAGGUGGUUCUGAACUGCUUGAAAAGAGGCUAGAGGUUCACGAAGACCAGCACGAAGAAUUGAAAUCCAUCAGACGGCACAUCGCGGCGUGCUUCGAGAAGCUGACCUGUUUCCUCAUGCCACACCCUGGCCUGAACGUGGCCACUAACCCCAAAUUUGAUGGAAAACUUGCGGAUAUUAGCCCCGAUUUCAAAACAUCACUUCGUGAGCUGGUACCAUUGAUGUUAGCUCCAGAAAACCUCCUGUUGAAGAAGAUUGCUGGCCAAGAGUUAAAGGCGAAAGACUUGUUGUUUUAUUUCAAGGCGUAUAUGAAUAUUUUCAACGGGGACGAUUUGCCGCAACCGAAAAGUAUAUUAGCGGCGACAGCAGAAGCGAACAACCUAUCAGCCGUAUCCGACGCUCGUGACGUCUACGAAACGUUAAUGGAAGAAGUGGUUGGUGGGAACCAGCCCUACAUGGACCCCACCAGACUGGAGGAACAGCACCAGCGCGCUAAGAAUAAGGCGUUGCACGCCUUCCAUAGUAAGAGGAAAAUGGGGGGAGACGACCUUGAAGCUACUUAUAUGGAAAAGUUGACUAAGGAGCUAGAAGAGAACUACGAGCAAUACCGCGCGCACAACGAAGGCAAGAACCUCUUCCGCAUGGUCGGCACGCCCACGCUGCUCGCCGCGCUGGCGCUGCUCGGCUUCCUGGUCAGCUUCGUGGGCUCCACGCUGGGGGUGCAGACCGUGGUCGCGCUGGGACAGAUCAUCGCGGUAGGGGCGCUUGUGCUGCUCGGUUUUUGGACUUAUACCAGAGCAAGUGGCAACAUGCGCGAUGUUGGUCAACAAAUCGAUCGAGUAGCAGACGUAAUCCGAACUCAUCUAACGCGGCAACUCCUUGGCGCUGCUACGAAUCAACUGGCGCCAUCUUUGGGACUUUCUAGAGAUAAACAAGCGUAGACAUAUUAUAUUUAUGGAACAUUCUAGUCUCGCUGAUCGCCAUUUUGUUAAUACCUUCCUAAAUUUGAAUCUCUGUUGAGCUAGAAUAGCAAUUUAUCGAAACACGUGAAGAAGUGAAGGUGAAGGUGUUGUUGCAAAAAACCACAAAGUGGAAUUUAUGUAUUUUGUAUGAUGACAAUAGUUAAUUUUGAUAAAAAUAAUUAUAAGAUUUUAUAAUUUUGUAAAGUUACCUACAUUUAAAAUAAACUGUCACAAAUUUUUUUACUUAAGGAAAAAAUGCCACCGUAUAUUUUAUAAAGCCGUAAUUACCUACCUGUUAUUUAGUUAACAUGGAAUACAAUGUACAUUAUUACAAUUAUCCCUUUUAUAGAUAAAAGUCAAUGUUGUAAUUAUUUUUUAUACUUCCAUUUUAUACAAAAAAAUGUAAAAAGAAUAUAUUUUUUCAUAUGUGAAGUCGUAAUUACUAUUACAAUUCUACCUACCUGUUAUUUAGUGAACAUGGAAUACAAUGUACAUUAUUACAACUAUCCUUUUUAUAGUUAUAAGUCUAUGAUGUAAUUAUUUUUUAUACUUUCAAGAUUUUUUUUACACAAAAAUGUAAAAUUUUUUCAUAUUGUGGGAAACUGAAUAAAAUGUUGUUUUAAU